CAAUGGCUUCAACGUCAACUUCUGAAGUUAAAAUCGACGAUGUCCAUGGAGCAAUCGAUAUUUGGUCUAUAGGAAAAUGUGUAAUUUGUAAUAUGCAGUUAACUGGCGAGUCCAAAAUUUUAGAUUGCUUGCAUUUUAUUUGUAAAGAUUGCAUAGCAAAGGAAAACUCGGAUUCAGAUAUAGGAGUGAAAUGCAAAUGUCUAACAGUCACAAAAGGCCAACUGAUUGAAUAUCCUAUUGGAUCAUCACAUUUGAAUAUUAACGAAGAUCAUAACCCAAAUGUAAUAAUGACUUAUCCAAUAUUAGAAGAAUUUCCUGUAUGUCCUAUUUGUACAAAUACGUAUGCAGAUGUUUUCUGUACUCAAUGUUCAAUUUUGUUGUGCCAAUUCUGCCAUUUACAUUCCCAUCAUAAUCAUAACUAUAAAGUUCUUGAAAAGUUUCGCAAAGAAAUAAAUUCAAACGUGCUACUAGAAAAAUUCAAACUAGAAUCAAAUAACAAAAAUCUAGAUUUUUCUUUAAAAGAAAUAGAAAAGCAAAUUGAUCAUUUUAAAAUUGUAAAAACAGCUAUACAUGAAGAAAUUGAUAAAGAAACAGAAAUGUUACAUAAAGAAAUAAAUAAACGCGCAUUCGAACUAAAAUAUUUAGUUGAUAAUUGUUUUUUAGAUACAAUUGGUGAAACUUAUAAAAAUAAAGAAACAAUUAAGGAUUUACAAAAUCGAAAUAAAUAUUAUAUUGAAAUUACAAAAUCUGUUUUGAGUCACAACAAUCUAUCUGACAUUUUAAAUGUUUCAAGGGUUGUAUUGACUAAGCUAGAAAAUAUUAACAAUAAUACUAUAAAUACAUCAGAGGUGACGUCAAAGUUAGAAAUUGAUUUGACAAAUAAUUUUGAUGAAACUAUGAACAAUUGCAUUUCGACUAUUAAAGAACUUGGAAAUAUAAUUGCAUCACCAGUUUUCAGUUUAUCAAAAACGAAUAGCAUAAAUACAUCGAAAAAUGUUUGACAAACUGUUUUAAAUCUACAGAUUCCAACAUAUUACGAGAAGAUUUCUAAUCCAGUAAGUUUGAAUAUUAUUACGAACCGUUUUGAAUUGAAUACGUAUUAUACAAGACUCCCUCACAUUAUUGAUGAUAUCAAACAAGUUUUUUUAAAUGCAUUGAUGUUUUAUCAUCCAACUAGUGAUUAUAAUUUGGCAAAAAUCCUUCAAAAUUCAUUAGAUACAAGGAUCUCCGAAUGGUUAUCAGAACUCAAUACUAAAAAAAAGUGAUGAAUCAUACACAAUUAAAUUAAUUGGAAUCAAAUACUUUAAUUAAAGUAUAAAUACAAUCGUGAUUG